GGUCUUGUCCGUUCUCCUAAAGUCUCUCCAAUAAACCCCAGCCUCUCUGCCUUCGUUGGGAUCCCUGUGUGAUCUUUCACGAUCUCCGUUCUUACAGGUUUCUGGAUUUGCGAGUUUUCUGUAUGCGUGUGUAUAUAUGUAUUCGUGCUCUGCAUCUUGUUUCUGGAUACUGCAUUGCAUCUACAGGAUCGUAGGUUUCCUGAAAGACCCGUGCUCAUUCUCUCGAGGAAAAAUUGGGAAUUCGUAAAAAUUUUGGAUUCUAUGUUUGAUCUUGCUGGGAAAGUUGGAAUUUUUAAAUCAACAUUACAUGGAAAAGAAAGUUUGAAUUUUGAGCAUGAGAUUCUGCGUAGGUACCUAGUUGUUGAUAGUUUGUGUAAUGGUUUAUGAGAAUUGACGACUCAGUGGCUUAAUCAAGUAGAAUUGAUACGGUUCGAGAUAGAUAUAGCGUAUCUGAUUAGUUGAUGCUCCAUUUUGGUUGAUGCUUUGUGAAAGUGAUAGAUACCUCUGUAUCUGAUGCAGUAAAGAUCCUUUCAGACAGCAAGGUUCUGUCUGUCCACCCCCAUGAAAAAAAAUUAUGGGUUCUUCUGAGAACUCCUUGGAUCAUAAACUAUUCCUCUCCCUCAAUAAUUUUCCGAGUGCUUGAGAGAGUUGAUAGAAACCCGUUGAGCCGUGCGUGUAUUAUAGGCCGCAGCAGCUGGUGCUAUCAAAGUAAAGAUUGAAUCUGAAAUUGGCAACAUUGAAGUUAAUUGACAUGAAUGUUUGUUCUUAUGCUUGACUAAAACAGGUAUGAGUAUUCUAUUCUCGGGUAUUCAGUCUCUUCUGUAUAAUCCUAUGCCAUAAUAUAUUUCUGGCUUAACGUGAAAUCGUGCAUGGGUUUUGACGUUUCUUCGUUUUUCAUAGCCAGGUAAGAAUGGUACUUAAACCCGUCAGUUGGGCUACCUUUCUUCCAGUUUCCGCCGAGAAUUCUAUGUUGGGCAUUUGUAUUACUACUCUGCAAACCAAAUACAGGCCAGAAAAUGACCCUGUGGUUGAACCGGGAUUGGUUUAAUCACAUUUCUGCUCUCCUGAGAUCUGAUCUCAGCCUCCCUUUCAUGUCACCAGAGGAGGCUGUUGUUACUUAUUAGCAUCCAGAGCCAUUUAAGCGGAUGAGAGACAAACAACAUAGGUGGUUGUCUCCCUGCUGUCAAGGGAACAAAGAAGAAGAUUGUCGGAAACAUUAGCAUGAGAGACAUUCAAAAUCUCAGAUAUUUGCUUCUCCCGUCCAACCUGAAGUCUUCUCCAACAUCAGGGAAGGCAUCUCACUGUGAGGGGCUUUGCCAUUAAGAUCGAUAGCUCAGGGGAUGAAUACGGUAAAGCAUUCUUGGCGAUAACGGGCAAACCCGAUUCAGCCUUAGGCAGUGUAAUAAACAGCUCUGGCUUCAAAGUCGGUGUAUUAAGUAUAUAUUUACAGCUGGAGAGGAGAACAAGCUUUAUGCGAUGUCAUGUUUCAUGUUUGAACGUCCAAACUAGUUCAAGAACUGAUUGGGAUUCUCAGUGAAAGAAGUGCUGAGCAGAUGAGAACACACUCUGCAGCUUUAGUCUAAUCCUUUAUAAAAGCCUUUGGCUUUUCACAUGGUGCUAUAUGCGUUGAGUCUUUUCUUUGUUCUGAAAAGAGACAAAAGGGGUUCAUGAACAUGACAUUGUAGAGUUUUGAAUUAGUACAAAAGCAUGUCUGAAUCUCUUUUGGAGAAGACAUGAGUGAUGUGAUGUAUAGUUCUGAUGCGAGUGGGUGGUUGGGUUAUAAUGAAAGGGUCAUCAAUGGCGGUAGAUGGAGAUGCUGUUUGUGGAAUGCUUUUUGGAUCAAAACCCCCCAUUCAAUCAAAUCUUUUUCACGAUUGUUGUCAACUUGCCACCUUCAGACAAGCGAACACCACUGGUGGGAACCUCGCUGACUGAACCGUACUCUCUAUUUAGACCUUCCUCUUUUGUUUUGUCCUCCUCAUCAUUUCCCCUCCCAUGUCCUGAUCUCUUCUUCCGCCGGUUUCCCCAGAGAUACAGAGUGAGGAGGAUGUCGACUCCGGCGAGGAAGAGACUCAUGAGGGACUUCAGGAGAUUGCAGCAAGACCCGCCUGCCGGCAUCAGCGGUGCUCCUCAGGACAACAACAUCAUGCUCUGGAAUGCUGUCAUCUUCGGCCCCGAUGACACGCCAUGGGAUGGAGGCACUUUUAAGUUAACCCUUCAAUUUAGUGAGGAUUAUCCGAAUAAGCCACCGACUGUCCGCUUUGUUUCUCGGAUGUUCCACCCAAAUAUCUAUGCAGAUGGAAGUAUAUGUCUGGAUAUCCUUCAGAACCAGUGGAGCCCCAUUUACGAUGUUGCAGCUAUUCUUACAUCUAUUCAGUCACUGCUCUGUGAUCCGAACCCGAAUUCACCGGCAAAUUCUGAGGCUGCACGUUUGUUCGGAGAGAGCAAGAGGGAGUACAACCGGCGUGUCCGGGAGAUCGUGGAGCAGAGCUGGACCGCCGACUAAUCGGAGGGUGGCGAUGGUAAUUUGAAGAACUGGGGGCAAUUGUAUGGUGUCUAUGUACGGAUGGAUGGACUGAUCUUUCACUUUCCGACAAUGGGUGUUCUUAGUUUCUGUCAAGUUUUAAUCUUUUUGUUUGGAGACUGGUUUUUAAGCCGAUGGGAUUAUGGUUAAUUAAAAGGGUGUUUUUGUAGUGGACAAAUCAAAUCCACGAAAGAUAUGGAUUUAUGAUACUGUUAGGCGAAUAAAUUAAAAGUGUGAUUAUGGAACAAAUUCAA